AGGCCCAGCAGGCCCAGCGCAGCCGGGCGGGGCGGGGCCGGUUCUUGCUAGAGAGGGAAGCGGCGUGGGUUUCGUUCUUUGGCCGGGCCGGAGCAGGGCAACCAUGCAGGUAGUAUAAGCUUGAGGGGGCUUUGCUGAGAGGGACGGGGGCGGCAGGAGCGCGGAGGGUCUCUCGGGAGGCCUUGGGGCGUCCGCGCAGAGGCGAAGCCGGGUUGCUCCGGUGCCCCCUCGUGACUCGCUCCCUUUCCUUCCGCAGGCGAGCUCCAAGCAGGCGGCGCAGGAGCUGCUCAAGUUUAUCAGCCGGAGCCCCUCCCCUUAUCACGGUAAGACGGAGCCCGGGACCGGGGGCUUCACGCCCGGGAAGUACUUCUCCAACGGGAGGUCUGCCAUGCAUUUAAAGCACAUGUCUUCCUCCUGAAGAAUCCCAGGAACUGGGUGUUGGGAAUUGUAGCUCUUCCGAAGGAGUAAACUACACUUCCCAGGAUUCUGUGGAGGGGGGGUAAGCAGUGUGCUUUAAAUGCGCGGUGUGAUGGGUGUAAAUAUGCACAAUUGGGGGGGGGGGGGCGGAGGGUACAUAAGGAGAUAACAGAAAUCACUGGGUUAAAGCUGGCCGAAAGUCCAGCAGUACCAUUAUUAUCAAUUUAUGAUGGCGUGGAAGGUUCACAGGCUGGGAAGGAUUUGCUCACAAAUUUAUUGACAGUUGCACGAGUUAUUAUAGCUAGGAACAUAGCUGUCAACUUUUCCCUUUUCUUGCGAGGAAUCCUAUUUGGAAUAAGGGAAUUUCCCUUUAAACAAGGGAAAAGUUGCCAGCUAUGGCUAGGAAGUGGAAAGUGGCAAGGUGGAUAUAAAAUGGAAAAAUGGUAUAAAGUGGUGUGGGAUAUAGCCAUUAAUGAUAUAUUAAUAUGUGCUAUUAAGGUAAGAUGGGUUGUAUGCAGGAGAAAUGAAUUUGAGGAGAUAUGGAAAGUGUUUGUAGAAUUCGUACUGUUAAAACGGAAAGGGGUCAAACCAUCGCAAGAGGUGUUGAAAUUUUGGGAGGUUGGAUAGUUACCAUGGAAUGGUCUCGGGGGUGGGGUGCACAUUUUUAUUCUUAUUUAUUUAUUCUUAUUACUCUAUGUCAAAAUAAAAAAUAAAAUUAUAUUAGAAAUAAAUAAAUGUGAGGUGUAUACAUUCUAGUCAAGAAAAAGCAGAGCCAUUAGGACUGUGGAGUGGGUAAAGGCCUGAGGGCCAGAUAGAGACCUUGGAUGCUGCAUUCAGCCCUUAAGCCUGAGGGCACCCACCUUUAAGAUCUUCUGCUGAGACUGUGGUCACACUUGCACCAUUAAGCACUCUUAUAGCAGUUUAACUUACAUGGAGAAUCCUGGAAACUAUAGUUUAUGGGUGCUGAGAAUUGUAGUUCUGUGAGAUCAGCACCCUUAACAAAUUGCAGUUCCCAGGAUUCCUAGGGGGUUACAAUGACAACAGCGGUAUGAAUGUUUUAAAUGUAUGGUGUAGAUGUAACCUCUCCAGGUGACCACUGUGUCAGAUGUUUGGCAUCCAGCAACAAAAUAAAGGGCUUUUAGCAGCCUAUAGUCCCCCUGGGAGCAACCUUCCUAAAUUGCCUUACCUGGUACUUAUGCUCUCUUUUUGGCACCAGGCAGGGGAAAAAAUGUUAUUUGCCCAAUCAUUUCUAACUUGUAACUUGAGUAGCUUUUAAGGAUUUUCAUCCAUCUUACUGUAUUUGUACUGUGAUACAAGUUGGUUGUUCACUACCUGAAAUUCUGGAUAAGUUGGUAUUUAAAUGUUUUUAAUAAUAAAACUUUUGGAAGAUUAUGGGAUGCUUUUCAUUCCACUUUCAUAAUUUUCUGCAGAACUUUAAUGCACGCAUCAUGUUCCUUAUCUGCAAGUCUUGGUGAGCAUAAUGUGCCAUUCAUUGAAUCAUCUGUUUCAUUUCCCUUGUAGAGGCUCAAACAGGUUCUGCUUGAUUCAAGGAGGUUCACUGGAGCAUUUUAAAAUACAAGGAGGGUGGUUUAUCUUCUCCACUGUAUUGGAUGCUCAGUGGGCAGAAGUACAAGCUCAGGCUUGUAUUCAGCUAAAUUCUGCUCAGAGUAAACCCAUUGAAAUAAAUAAAUCCAAGUUAGUCAUGCCCAUUAAUUUCAGUGCAUCUGAUCUGAUCUGGACUAGCACUGAAUAUUACCCACCAUUCUUUGUUAGGGUUUCACACUUAAUUCUGAUCGUUGUGUGGAGAUGUCACAAGAAACAUUUCUAGGGAAGGAGCUUUAGAAGGGUAAAUGCUUGAGCCCUGUGCACAUGAGAAUUUAUUUACUACAAGUGCUUUUUCUCUGUACCCUCUUUGGCUCAGUCUGGCCUCGCCUUUCCUCAUGUGUUUAUCUUGCUUUCCUUAAUACAUUUCUUGUUUGCUCUCUGUGGACAUCUGAACCCAAAGGGUGUUCUGAGCAGUUGCCUAUCCUUCCGUGUGCAGGGGCGGCAGCAAAUCCUAAUCAUUUCUGUGAAGGUGUGGUAACAUGGAUGUUCAUCUGCAGAGGCUGGAAAGCCCCAAAAGGCUUUGUAGCUGAGGCUAUGCUUGCUGCUAGGGUAGGGUAAGCAAGUCAGGAUGAUAACAUUACAAUAUGACUCUCGCACUUGAGUUCAAGAGUACAAAUAGGCCUGUGAGUGCAGUUUAAGCUGCAUCAUGCUGAUUUUGGUUUUUUUGGCAGGGAUGCGGGGUAUCAUUCAGAGUCUCAUGUGUCGGGGGAAAUUUCAUAAUUCAUUUACCUACCUAUACCCCAGUCUUUCAAAGCUCUGCCAUCAAAACUUGUGGGACAGUGAAUUCCAAGUAGGGAGCCUGCCACAGAGAAAGACCUUGUAAGCCCUCCUAAAAACCAAUAAUAAUAAUAAUAAUUUUUUUAAAAAAAAAAUUUUACUGUUUAUAUCCCGCCCAUCUGGCUGGGUUUCCCCAGCCACCCUGGGUGGCUCCAAAACAAAUGUACCCAGUGAAAGACUACCUACAAGCUGACCUUAGGACUCAGUCAUAUUGGGAAGAGGCGGGACCUGAAGGUGUAUGUUCCCAAGCCAUAAAGGGCUUUGAAGAAUAGCCAGCACCUUGAAUUGAACUUGGGGAUGGACCAGCAGCCAGUGCAGCUGGUAUAAUAAAGGGGAUCCCAGGUUCCCAGCACUUGUCCCAAGUUAAAUUUCUGGGAGGAGAAUUCUGCAUCAGCUGAAGCUUUAGGCUAUCCCCAAGUGAAGAGCAUUACAGUUAUCCCAAAAUUGGGGAGGGGGAAGCUGUCCCACAAACUUCCACCUUAUUCAGGGCAGGCAAAUAUCUCCUUGAAGCCUGCUUCUGCAUGCAGAUUGGCCAGCUGGGGGUGAGUGUCUUCAUGCCCCCUUCAUGACUGCUUGCGUUUUCCUCUCUUGCAGUGGUGGCAGAAUGUCGGAUCCGCCUGCUUCAGGCUGGUUUCCAGGAGUUGAAGGAAACAGAACACUGGGAUAUCCAGCCUGACCGAAAGGUGAGGAAAGAGAGUGGCUUCUUCCUUCCCUUUCUUAUUUGGGAAUUGGGGUGGUGGGAGAAGGAGUGGGGUGCUCCAGAUGAGGUCUCUGCCAGGCACCCCAUCUAAGGAACUGGAUAAAACACUGAUGUCUCCCACUCUUUCUUUAACCCCUCCUCCCCAUACUAGUAUUUUGUGACCAGAAACCUCUCGACAUUGAUCGCCUUUGCUGUUGGGGGACAGUACCAGCCAGGCAAUGGCUUCAGCUUGAUCGGAGCCCACACAGACAGUCCAUGUCUGCGGGUAAGCAGCAACCCCCCCCCCCCAAUACUGCCUAGCAUGCCCCUAGGUACUCUUUAGCAUUCCUUCCUUCCUGCAGCCCUCUGUUGUCUCAGUCCUGCAUUAUUUGUCGUCUCCCCCUUUGCAUUGAACAGGCCUGUCCCGAUACCCAAUAUGGAUGGUGUGGGGAGCCUAUGCCCCCCCCCCAGAUGCUGUUGAAUUCCACCUCCCACCAGCAUGCCCAGUAGUCGUGGUGAGAGGUAGGACUCCCAACAAAAACUGGAGGGCCACAGGUUCCCCAUUCCUGCAAAUACUGUUUUCGGCCGUUCCUUUUGCCUAUGUUAUUGGAUCGCCAGUGUUUGCAGAAUUGUGAUAAACUUGCUUCCUCCUCCUGGCAGCAGUCUGGACAACAUCCCUUUGGAUUUGCCUUCUUCCACUCCUUUUUUGAAAAAACAACAACUGUUGGUUGGGAUUUUUUAACUGGACUUAUUGAAAUGCAUCUUUUAAUACUAAAGAAAAAGCAAUGGACCAAAUAAAUGCAUACAGAAUACCAACCAAUUGAGUGCAUAACUUGGUAUAUAUGUAUAGGGUGAAUGUAACUGCAAAAAAUCCAAAGCUGCCACCCACUCUUAUGACAAUAACUCUGGCCCUAUUUCUUGUUGUUGGGUCAGUUCCUUACAAUUUGAGGAGCUAAUUCAGUGUGUGCUGUUGGAAUAUACGUAUGAAUGUCCUUGUGUGUCCUCCAGGUGAAACGCUGCUCAAAACGUAGCCAGGAGGGCACAGUCCAGGUGGCUGUGGAGACAUAUGGAGGGGGCAUCUGGAGCACCUGGUUCGACCGUGACCUCUCUGUUGCAGGAAGAGUCAUCGUCAAGGUUAGUCCUGGCCGAGGCCCUGCACUGUGGUGUAUACGAUGUGACUUUAGGAGCUCUUCAAUGCUUAGGUUUUUCCAACUGGAAGAGACCUGACUUUACCUCCAAUAUUGCAGCCAUGUCACAUUAGGGCAGGGGUGAGGAACACUUGCCAGCCUAAGAGCCAAAUUCAUUUCUGGACAGCCUUCCAGUGGCCACAUGCCAGUGGGGGGGGGCAGAGACAAAAAGCGCACAAAGAAGCUAAUGCAGUUUUUAUCUUUGGACAGCUGAGUAAUUUACACACACACACACACACACACACACACACACAUAGACCUCUCUAUCUUCUAUCCAGACACCCACAAGGUAUUAUCAGAGGACUGUCACGGCUGAAAAUUGGCCGCUGUUUCUUUAAUGCUUAAAAAGCUGGGUCAGCAUGAGUCAGCAGCCUGCACCGUAUAUAUAGAGUGAGAAAUGUUAGUUAGUUGGUUGGGUUGGUUGGUUGGUUAGUUAGCGAAAGCUGGUAGUGUUGAUGUGUGUACAGUUGGUCAGUCGCUUUUGCAGAAAGACUUUUAAGAAUAAAACUCUGCAAGGAUACUUUUCUCGUGGACUCUUUUAUGCCGACAAGGGUCCGAGGACCGGGCUGAGGCAACAAAGGGAGGUCAGAACCCUUUCUUUUUGUUUUUUUACAAACACUGACAAGGACAUAUUCCAGUUAGGAAGAAACACUCGAGGGCAGGAGGUAGACCUACUAAAGGGUGUGGCUGAGGAGGGAAGAGUACCAAGGGCCAGAUAGAGAAACUUGGUGGGUAGGGUUGCCAUAUUUCAAAAACCAGGACACCUCCAAAAUUGUUGAGCCAAAAGAACUUGCCUAAGAUCCAGGACAAAGCGCCACCUUUCGGAAAUCUCUCCCCCCUUUGAAAUCCAGAUAAUGUCCGGGAAAAUCCAGAAAUAUGGCAGCAUUGGUGGGCUGCAUUGGCCUGAAAUCCAGGCCUGAAGUUUCCAUCACCUGCACAUCAAGGCCUAUUCUUAUAUUUCCUCUGCAGCCUGGGAGCUGCUGCAGUAGGACUGGUGAACUUGGCCUUCUAGAUGACAUUGGAUUCCCACCAUGCAUCAUUCCUGAUCAUUGGCCACACUGGUUGGGGCUGGCAGAAGUUGGGAGACUCCCAACAACAUCUGAGGGCCAGAUGUUGUCCUGUCCUACAGCAUGAUGUCUUCGGUUGCCACUCCAGUAAUGUGAGAACCUUGGGGUCACAUGGCUGAAAUUUGAACGUGGCUACUUCCUCUCCACCACUGCCCUGGGUUAGGUGUGAGAAAUAGCUCAGUUUCCAGAAGUUCAAACUCUAGAUAGCUCUGUUGCCCAGUUGUUGCUUUUUUUGUUUGGGGUUCUUGCUAUUAUAUGCUGUUAAACUGAAGAUUUUAGUUGGUUGUCUUGGGGUUUUUUUAAGUAGUUUGUUAAAUGCUAACAUGAAUUGACAUAUUCUGAGGGUGCUUGAUGAAGGAAACUGAAGUGUUUAUCAUGUGGAAUAAUCAAGCUGCAUGCAUUGCAUUGUUUUGAUUGAGACUGAGAUACAACAAAGGUGCCAACAGCGAAUAUCCUUCCCUGGAGACAAAGUCCAUAAAAGUGUUAUUAAAAACCAGCAAUUUUAAUCUUCUGUUUAAUGAAUUACCCGAUCACUGCUUUCUGCCCUGGGAAACAUGAGUGUGUUCAGUGGAGCUGGUUGCCUAGCUACACUUGAGUAGGACUGUAGUCUAGUUCAAAGUGUGUCAUACUUUGCAUACUUUAAAGUACUUGUUUGAAUAUGACCGAAACCAAAAGCAAUGAAGAGAUGAAAGUUCUGAUCAAAAAGAUGUUGGGGGCUUUGUUCCAUUCUGCAAUUCUGUUCACACCUACACCUACCUGAGAUUAAACCACAUUAAACCAAGUGGAGAUGAGGUUCCUGCAAGCAUAGGUGCAUGGUCUGUGCAGGCCAGAAGAUUUAUUAGGGAAGUGGGAAUGGAAGGGUGCAUAGUUAUGGUGACACUCUUACCAAAUUGAAAUGUGAAAGUUUCUAAAAGUUCCUCCAAACUCAUGUUCUAAAAUGCUGUCAUAAAUGCUCUUAGUUGGCAUAUUUUGAGAACAAGGGUCUCUUUUUUGCAUUCUUUCUGAUUUGCUUAAAGACAGACGCUCAGGGCUGAAACAGAUCUCUUCUUCUUUUUGUUGUUGUUUUUAAACAACUUUAAAGGAGGGAGGAUCUCCCAUUUUCAUCCAAGCCAGCAGCAUAGGGGGAGGGAAGUAUUCACACCCCCACCCCUCUACCUCUGAAAGCACUAAUUGUCUGUAUUGGUGAAACCAUGGGCAAAGUUACACUAUUGGUCCAAUCUUUUCCAGUCUCUCCCCUCCCCCUGCAAAGCUGCCUCCCCCCCCCCCCCGCAUGGGCACUUUUGUUAGAUUAUUCAUGAUAGCUCUAUUUUCCAGAAGGGCCAUAUCUUGGUGGAAGAUCACCUGCUUUGCAAUUAGAUCCCUGGUUUGAUCUCUGGAAUUUGCAAGUUGGGCAGCGAAGGAGUCCUUCUGCCAGUCAGUGUAGACAACACUAGGCUGGAUGGACCAGUGGUUCAAUGAGAGCCUUUAGCUCCCAGCUGCUGCCUUAAUCCCACUCUCCUGUUCCUCCCCUCUCCCACAUUAUGCCAGUGGGUGAAAGUGGCAGAAUGGUGUUUCCUGCUUGGCAGGGGGUUGGACUCGAUGGCCCUUGUGGUCUCUUCCAACUCUAUGAUUCUAUGAUUCUAUGACACACGCCCUACACUGAUGUCUGUUUUCCAUUUCUGUUUUCCAUUUCCCUUCUGUUUUCCAUUUCAGGACCUGUUCACAGGGUGCCUGGAGCAGCAGCUGGUGUGGGUGGAGCAGCCCAUCCUCCGCAUCCCACACCUGGCCAUCCACCUCCAGCGCAAUGUGAAUGAGAGCUUCGGGCCAAACACAGAGCAGCACCUGUGAGUGUGUAAACUGCUGUUCCUCUGUGCUCAUAUAUUCCAUGGUGGGUUGGGGCGAGGGGCAGCAGGCCUGGCUGGCACUCCUGUCAUUUGCCUUUCAGCAAGAGAGUCAGCUGCAGAGUUUGGUCCCCUUGGGUGAUUGGGAAUGACCUUAGCUCACAGGAAGACCAUCUGCUUGGCAUGCAGAAGGUUCCAGGCUCAAGAUCCCCAGCAUCUCCAGGGGUGGGGGCUGGGAAUGGUCCCUGUCUGAAGCCCUGGAGAGCCACUGCCAGUCUAAACAGCACCAAGCUCGGUGGACCUGACUUGGAAUAUAUGACAGCUUUCUGUGUUGAUGCAAUACUUUUCUGUGCUUUAGGAUUGCCUAGAGAGGCCCUGCUCUGGAUUAUGUGUAUAAGUCGUAUCAGACGGGCUGGGACUGGAGGGCUUGCUGGCACCCCAUCUUUAUUGGUUUUUUUACUUCCAAUAUUUAUAGACCACUUAAUGUUUUGAGUUCCUAAGCAGCGUACAUAAGUUUUUUUAAAAAAACUACACCUUAUAGAGAAAAAGAAUAAUUAAAAUACAUUGUAAAAGCAGAAAACCAGUGGGAAAUGCCUGCUGAAAUGAUGGUCUUUGUCACGUGCCUGUCUAAGUUUUAACCAAGCCAUACCCACCUGCCCUACACCUGGCCUGUGUGAUCAGCAUUGCCUGCCAAGCCUUGUGUAUAGCUCCUUGCAUGGCUCUGUGCCAGCCCCAACAAUCAGAGCUGUGCAUAGUGCGCUGGAACCCUGACGCUCAGCUGAUUGUCAGGACUUCAAAGCUUCAUGUACCGCACAAGCAAGAAAGUGGCCCACCUGACAUCGUUGUGACACCAGGUGGUUGAAAAUGGGGGGGCCCCGCCAGCAUGUCAAACUUGGCCCAUGGAGAUGAUAAGGAUCCAGGCUGCUGGCUGGAUCCAGUUCUCCACCCCUAAUCUAGAGGACCACAGGUUCCCCAGCACUUGGCUCUUGGACCAUGCUACCAAUAUGAUGGGAGGGGAUGUGAUGGCAAUGGGCGGGGAUGUUCCCUGAGAAAAAAGGUGAGGCGUAGUUACAGAGUUUCUUGCUCUGCCGGGGGGCUGACUUUCACCAAGUGGCUUCUUUGGAAGUGUUUUGUGCUGUUGGGUCUUGGUGGCUCUGUGGGCUCCAGUUGCUUCUUGGAGCCAAAUUUCCCAGGAAGCAGCAAUAAUGAGCAAGCCAGUUAAACAGCCAACACACCUGCCGUUCCCAGGGUCCCAAUUCUGGCCACAGAAGUCCAGGAGGCCCUGGAAAAGAAGACGUCCAAGACAGACACAGCUUGUACCUCAUCUCUCCAGGUAAGACCGGGGGGCGGGGGGACGGGACACAAGGACGCUGUUGAAUUGGCUGGAGAGGUGCAGUAGGCAAGUCCAAAACAAAGGGGAGAAUUGACAGCUUUCCAGAGUGGAGUAUGUCUCUUUUACCUUCUCACAACUUUUCUUUCUCACAGAGUCGUCACUCUCCAGCCCUGCUGGCCCUCCUCUGCUCCCAGCUGAAGGUGAAACCGGAGCAGGUGGUGGAGAUGGAGUUGUGCCUGGUGGAUACGCAGCCUCCUGUGAGUGCCCUUUUUUAUUAAAUAAAUAGACAGACAGACAGACAGAUAGAUAGACAGACAGAUAGUGCAUUGGGGUUGGCAGUGGGGUUUUGGUUUUGGACAGAGCUAGCUUUCUAAGGUUCACAUGGUUGAACUCAUUACAUUUUCUAGCUCCAUGCAACUUUCCUUUAGCACAGCAAUGGGGAACCUGCAAGCUUCCUACCAGCCAGCAUGGUCAGUGGUGGGGGUUGUAGUCUAGCAAGAUCAAGAGAACCACAGGUCCCCCACCCUUUGGUCUGAGAGAGAGAGGCGUAGAGAGAGAUGCUUAUUCCAGAUUCUCAUUCAUCUCCUGGGGAAAGAUCCCAGCUGCUACUCUCCAACCCGUUUGCAAAACCUGCAGGGAGAAUGUGUGGUGUGGCAGACAGACUGAACCAGGGAAAGGUUGGUCCCAGGUCAGGAUUUUUUCUUUCUGGUGAAUCUUCCUCCAGACACUAGGUGGCGCCUUCAGUGAGUUCAUUUUCUCCCCUCGCCUGGACAACCUCCACAGCAGCUACUGUGCCCUGCAGGUGAGUACUUUGUGGGGGGGGGGGGCGGGGGGGCGGGGUCAGAGAUGAAUCCUCUUCUGUGAUCCAUCAGUGCCAUGCAAAGGAGCCAUCCUCUAAUCUGCUCUAAUAACUUGUGUUUCCCCCAGAAAUCACCUAGAACCUACUUCUAACCCUUGCUCUAUUGUUUCGCAUUCCAUCCCCACCCCACCCCAUGUACUAAAAUCGCCCAUUACUCUUGCAGCCAAAAGGUGGGGUGACCCAUCUAACCACUUUGCAUGGUGAAACUAUUCCUAUGUUUGUGGGAAUGGCUGUGUGCAGAAAUAUACCUCUGGGACUCUCUCUGUGUGUAGCAACAGGUAGAGAAACAUUUCAAAUCUUGGGAGGAAUUAUGCAGAACCACAAGGGUUCCAGCUCAGAUGAAAUGGAAUACUGUGGUUUACAUGGAAGUUAACCACACAUGCGGGGGGGGGGGAGGGAGGGGAGGAGAAAGUCAGAAGCAGCCAAGUGCAAUGUUUAUUUAUGUAGCAUCAGGCAUGGGCCUUGGGUCUUUUGUAAAGUUUUGUCAGAAGGUAGGGCAUUGACAGGUACAGCUUUGUUGCACAACAGCGGAAGCAGCAUAUGAUUUUAAAUUCUCCUUUUUGUGAAAUGACUAAAGGCAGUUAUCUACCCUGGUGACACUCUUCUCCCCCAGUACACCAGCUUUCUGACAUGGGACUGCAGCUUAAGAGUUGAGCCCAAGGGAGUCCUUCCAUUUGCUGUAGUCAGAGGUUCAAGACAGCUGGAAGCACAAAACUCACAGUCCCUGAGCUUGUAUACUUUCCCAGAUACCUAGGGUGGGCGUGGGGGGGGGGGGGACACAGACACCUAGUCAGAAGCCGUAUGUAGGCUUUCGUGUGGUGCCAGAAGGGAUCUAGCAUUGCAGAGAAACUGGCACUUCUCUUUAAGAAGUUGGCUCAGUAGAGAACCUUUGCAAAUGUUCAGGCCACGGAGGCCAAUCUAACCUACAGACUGAAGAAAAAUAGUUCAAUUGUAAGUACAGAAUUUAACGUACUGAGGACGUGAAGGGAGACUCUGACAUGGUUUCUUUAAGAAGUCGGCUCACAAGAUAGCAACGCAUAGACCAGUAGCAAAUAUUUCUGUCCCAGGGCACUCCCUAUCCUGCCCCAUUAGGCACUCCCUAACCUUGUCCCCUUAUGUUUUUCUGCAGGCUCUGAUUGAAUCCAGCGAAGGGCCUGGAGCUCUUGCCCAAGAGCCAAAUGUGCGCCUGGUUGCACUUUACGACAAUGAAGAGGUCAGUAUGAGACAGUGGUGGAUGAGCAAGGCUACAUUCUGGGUACAAAAGAGGGAAGGGCCAUAGCCCAGGGGUAGAGCAUCUGCUUUUCAUGCAGAAGGUCCCAGCUUCAAUCCCCGGCAUCUCCAGGUAGGAGAACUGCUCCUAACCAAUGUAGACAAUACUCAGCUAGGUGGAUCAGUGGCGUGACUCGGUAUAAGGCAGCCUUCUAUGUUGCUGCAGAAGUGGAAAGUGAAAUCCUGUUCUGAGCAUUAGAUGAAUAUUAUUCUUUGGAGAGUGGCUCCACCUGGUUUGAUAGAUGAUGAGGGGAAAUGUUAUGAGAAAUUAAGGGGCAGCAACAGGUCUGCUCUCUGAAACAUUAUUAAUUCAUUUAUGCAACACCUUUCUUCUAAGGAGCUCAAGGAUGGCAUUCCUGCUUCUCCCUGUCUCCAUUUUAUCCUCAGAACAACCCUGUGAAGUAGGCUCAGCUGAGGGGGACUGGCCCAAGCUCACCCAUCAGCCUUGCUGGUUGAGCGGUGAUUUGAGCCUUUGUCUUCCAGGUCCUAGUCCAGGGGUGGGAAAUGUUUGCUCCUCCAGAUGUUGCUGAGCUACGACUCCUGUUGUCCUUGACUGUUGCCCCUGCUUGAUGGGGGCUGUAUUUCAACAGCAUCUAGAGGGGCAAAGGUUCCCUACACCCAUCAUCAGCCAGCAUUCCUAACUGCUGCACCACACUGAGAUGGGAGGUGGAAUAUUUCUAGCUUAAAAGGCUCUUCUUGCUGGCUCCUUUACUGACUUGAUGUGACUUACCUGGCAGGUUGGUUCACAGAGUGCACAGGGGGCUGGUUCGCUCCUCACUGAACUUGUCCUUCGGCGCAUCUCUGCUUCGCACCAGAACUUGACAGCCUUUGAGGAAGCCAUGCCAAAGUCCUGCAUGAUCAGUGCUGACAUGGCCCAUGCCGUGCAUCCCAAUUAUGCGUGAGUAUGUUGCUGUGCCCAGCAGGAAGAAAUGCAUGAGGGUUUAGCAAGUAUUUUACUAAAUAUUAGGCAUUCUGCUGUGAAUUUGCUGGCUUGCGGUACAAGCUGAAAAGUUGGCAUCUGUUGUGGAAUUCGGCUUUCAAAGAGGCUCUGCUUUCAUUAAAAAAUAAAAUAAAAUCUAGUCCCCAUGGUUUUAUAAAUGAAAUUGUUUGACACUUAAAACUGUAGGAUAGAAACGCAAGCUGUCUGACUUACCAACUCUCAAACUUGAAAAUCCUGAGGUCAGAAACAUCUCUUUAUCAGUUUAGGCUAAUCUGCAAAAUCCAAGUCAUCGAUUUAAAGGCCUUUCCCUCAAUUAUAACAAGGGAGUAAGGCUCCCUAAACUGUUGAGCAGAGGUCCUGGGCCUUGGAUCCCUCCGGAGCAGAACUAGGGAAUCUGCCCCCCCCCCCCCGCAGACAUUGUUGGACUCCAUAUCCCAUUAGCCCCAGCCGGCAUGGCUGGUGGUUAGGGAUGACGGGAGUUGUCGUCCUGCAACAUUUGGAGCCACCCUCAGGGGUAGCGUUUUGGCAAAGGACAUGGAUUGAGGCAGAACCAGUAGUUAUGUUCAGCCUUCCCCGACAAAUGCACUUUCUCUCUCCCAGGCCUCGUGGUCCUAGAAAACAGUUUGGCGGUGUUGAAGGCAGCGUAUGCUGAAAGUCAGAAAAUGGAGGUGCUCUUCUAACUUCUGAGUUUGGCUUGUACUUGUUCCAGAUGAUGUACCCAGCGCUGAAUCUGCCCCCUGGCAAAUGGUGCCCUUGGGCUAGAUGCAGCUCUUAGGCAUCACUGUCAAGAGGGUCUUUCUCAUCCUGCCACUGGCAUAUGGCAGUGCUACUCUUCCCCAGAAUGCCUGUCUCUGCUCUAAUAAAAGUCCUUUGUGCAUAAAUCUGCGUACAGGUGUUCUCACUGACACAUCAGGAGUGCCACUCUACCCCCCCCAAAAAAACCCCUCCUUCUUUUGAAAUUGCUCCCAGGCAUUGAAAUAACACCACAUCUCUUCUUAGUUUAAUUCCACUGUCUCUUCCUCGAAAUUCAGCCUCAUGUUUCUAAGAGUUUGGGAUCUACUUGGCCAGGGUCUAAUUUGAUGCUCCCUUUUACAGUGACAAGCAUGAUAAGAACCACCGUCCAGAGUUCCACAAGGUAGGUGAUGGGGCCACGUGGCAACAAUAAAAUGUGGAAAACUAAGGCAGACUCUGCAAGCAGUAGCAGAGUCGUCCUCAGCACAAGUUGAAUGGGGGAGGUAGCAAAACUUACUCCUGAAACUUAAUUCUUCUUUAAGACCUGAUCACAUUGGUUUUUAAUACAGUACACAAAUCUUUGCCUCUGAAUGUAAGAAUGAGCUUUCGGAGUGGGGGGGAUUUGCUUUUGCUCCCGUGGCCUAGAUGUUGGGAAGUAUGCCAAAGGUUAUUCAAUUGCUGGAAACAACACGUUAGUUACAGUCCUGUCCUUUACAAUAUUGGUGAUGUAUACCUUACAGGCUGGAACUGCAACAGAGUGUUGUCGUGUGCAGCGCUCUUGUUCUGGAUUCAGCCAGUUGCCCCUGCCUUUCUUAUGGGGUGUUUCAUUUUAUUCCCCCUCGCCCAUUAUUCAGUAUCGUGUGCCCACUGAGCAGGCUCAAUCUUCCUUUGGCUUUUGGGUAUUCCUCCCCCAAAAUAAAAAUAUUGUAGCACUUCUGCAAACUUUAGGAGCUUGCCUAAGCCCCUUAAGAUUUUGUAUUGGGGUAGUGGUGCUGUUUUGCCUACAUAAGCAAUGACACUCACACCUAGCUACGGUAGAUGGAAGGAAUGAUUAUGCCAGUGGAUUUUUCUGUUGUUGUAUUUAGUGGGGCAGGGGGCUUGUUCUGGGACUUUGGAUGUCUGGUGGCAAGCACUGGUCCCAUCCCAUGGCUGGGGGGCUCAAGGCGGUUGCUCGUCUCAUGAUCCCACAAGCCAGAAGAGCAGAGGGAAGAAUGUCUGAAAGCCCAGAGAAAGACAUGGGCCUAUGCUUGUUUCUGUGUGGGAUACAUAGAACUACUGCAUUAUUCUGGGGCAAGAUUGCCAUAGGGUAGGUCUCUGCUUUCCAGUGGUUCCUUUUGGCUUCCACACCGCCUUCUUUCUGUUGCAGCUCAUGUUUCGGGAAGCAAAGCUUUAUGUUCUUGAUGUGUGCAGACCACAUCUCCUUUCUUAGUACAUCUUUUUGUUCUGAAUCCUCUGGUUUCUUGCGCAGGGCCCUACAAUAAAAGUGAACAGCAACCAGCGCUAUGCCUCUACUGCUGUCACCGAGGCCCUGAUCCGAGAAAUUGCCAGCCGUGUGGACGUCCCCCUGCAAGUAAGCAUUGUUCCUUUCUACCUCAAGAGCUAUUCCCAAGCUUUCCCCUUGCACUUAAUGACUGCGGCCACUAGAGGGUGAGUUUGAAUCGGCCAGUGUAGGGAAAUACAUAAGUGCUAUGUCCCUGUACUGUAGAUUCUGCAGCCAGGGACCAAUGGGGCAAGAUGCCCCAUCUGCCGUUGGGGGACGGGAGAUGGGACCAGAAAUGGUGGGCCUUCAGGAUUAAAUGCUAUGGAGAAGGCCUUACUCCUUAUCUGAAGAUGGGUUUUUUCCGCUUCCUUCUCUCUCCAACCCCUGGCUGUUCCUUCUUGGGUUUUAAGGUCUGUGAGUGUUGACAGCAUUUCCACCCCAUGGCUGUCUCUUGAUGCUGGGGUUGUGCACAUAGGUGCCCAGAGCCUUCUCCUCAAAGACCUCCUCCACUCCCAUCAUCAACGCUCAGUAGAUCCAUAUCUGACCGCCCUUCCUAAUGGCCUGGUCCAACAGCUAAAGGGAGUCCCCAACCCCUGGACAGUGUCAAGGCCAAAUCAGCUGCUCAAGAGCCUUAAAAGAAAACAAUUCAUUUUCCUAUUGCAGGAAUUCAUGGUUCGGAAUGACUCUCCCUGCGGCAGCACCAUUGGGCCCAUCUUGGCCUCCCGCCUUGGCUUGCGCGUCCUGGACAUGGGCUCCCCACAGCUGGCCAUGCACUCCAUCCGCGAGAUGUGCUGCACCUCCAGCGUCCUGCAGUCCAUCACUCUCUUCAAGGUGGGUGGCAGCUCAGGUGGGGCAGAGGGAAAGUAAUUGCCUUGAGCGGAGCUGUUUUCUGCUGCCUCCAAGGGUGUGGGUGUGUGCCCAGGUCCCCCACCCACCCCUUUCCCAGGUUGUCCUCACAACAACCCUGUGAGUUAGGCUAGACUGAGGAAGCCUGAGUGGUGUGAGAGAGGAGUAUCCCCUUCGCAAAGAAACACUCUUGUCACGGGCCUUGGCUGUACGGUUGGGAGCAGGCCAGGAAAGAGGGAAGGGCAAUGUAAACAGAGAGCUUUCCCUCUGGCCCUAUGUAUUGUUUGGGGAGGAGGGGGGGCACAAAGUGUGAAAAGAGCUUGGCAGACAGGAACAAGGUUUCCAUACAUAUCGAGGUCACCAUCCUCCCCGCCCCGGGUUGCAGGUUGAGCCCUGCUGCCGCCCACUCCCUAUCUCUUCCUUGUAAUCUUGUCUGUAUGUUACCAUGGCAACGAUGGUGCCCUCCAGGCGGUGAUCGGUUUCUGUGGCAACAUGGUGCCUCACGAUUCUCCUGCUGCCAUGGUGACGCCAUCAUAUGUGUGUGUUUGACAGCUGCCCCGUUCCCCCCCCCCCCGAGGGUUGUUCUUCCCCCACCAAACCUGACUCUUCCUCCUCUUUCUCUCCUUCCUUCCUUCCUUCCUUCCUUCUUUCCCAGGCCUUCUUUGAGCUGUUCCCAGUGCUGGAUCAGGGACUGCUGAGCAACUGAAGAGCAUCUCAAGCACAGGAAGCGGCUAACGCCCCCUCUCCCUGGCCAGAUAGCAAUUAAGGCACAUGUUGUACAGCGGCUCAUGGAACGACUGCUUCUGGAGAGUUGCAUCUUUUUUCCCCUUUCUACAGUCAUUUUCCAAAAGAGGCUGGGCAUUUGAGGCUUACGUACAGCCAGGAGGGCCUGAUCCAGAGAGCCAGUGCCAUAGAACAGCUCAUCCUCGCUCCUUCAUAGCUGAUAGAAAACUUUAUUCAAGAUAAUGACAUGUUAAAGGGCUAUCUACAGUCAUCUUGGUGCUUUAAGUGGGCACUGAAAUUAUGGGUGAAAUUCCAGCAUUGAAUAAAUGCCAAGUGAUGCAUACUUUUAAUUGGAUCAUCCCAC